AUGGCCCCAAAUGGUGAGGGUUUCUUGCUUGAUCCCGGUGCAACGUCGAGAGUGACCCGAUACGCCCAUGCCCGCAUCACCCCGGCUUCCGCUCAUCGCACCAUCCACAUUUCCGGCAUCGCCGCGGUUACACCUGACGGUCAAUAUGAAGGCGCAACACAGAAUGCCGACGGUUCCUGGAGUCUCGAUAUCCGAGAACAGACGGCCGCAGUCCUGCGCAGGAUCGAGGCGAUCAUCCACGGGGCGACCAACGGCAAAGGGGGCCUUCACAACAUUAUCGAUGCCGUCAUCUACCUCACAGAUAUGGGAUCCCAAUAUGCUGGCAUGAAUGAGGAAUGGAACAAGGUUUUCAAAGACUGCGCAAGCGCCCCAGCGCGGGCUACAAUUGGAGUGAAGGAACUGCCUGACCCUCGUUUCAUCGUAGAGAUCAAGGCAGUGGCUGUUUGUGAGAUUUGA